AUGGCGGCCAGUGGCGUGUACAUCGUCAUGGGCGAGGCCAACUCGGUCGUCGCUCUAUUGAACAAAGCUCGGAGGUAAUCAUUUUUCGGAAUUUUUACUCUUUAGACUGCUUGACUCAGGCAGUAUCAGUUAUCACACCAGCCGCCAUCGUUGGAGGACACAGAGCCUCUGCUGCGCAAUUUCACGGACCUCAAGGAGGUUUUGAAUGAGGUUAGCCGUGAUAAUACAUCUAGUCUUUCAAUUGAUCAUCUUUUUUGCUACUCCGGAUCAGGAUAAAGGAGUUUGGGUGCAAGGGUAAUACAAACUGACCAGUUUCAGAUUUUUUUUGCUUUGAAAAGUUAUGUUGUUCAUGAUUUUAUGAGCUGAAUUUUCAGGUAGCAGACUUGAACGACAUGAAUCCUCUAACCUAUCUUUCACCAUUUCUCGACGUUAUAAAAGCCCAAAACACUAACGGCCCAAUUACUGAAGCGGCUUUGUCCGCCGUUUCCAAGUUUCUCAGUUACGGCCUGAUCGACGCCAGCAGGUAUGCUUGAGUUCAAAAUUUUUUUUUCAAGUCGAUAAUGUGCGGUUUUUUUAAACUUCAUUUAAACUCGGAAGAAUGACAUGACUUUUUUUCGAAAUCAUAAUGAAAUGUGUAAUAACCCUCGGGCGAAACGGAAAAGCUUCUCAAAAAAUUUCCUCAAAAAAAACGUUUUAAGGGUCCCCAGAAAAUCUUUUUUAUCUCAUUUUAUUUCAUUUUUGCUAAUGUUUUCCCCCUCCUUUAACAAAAAAGAUGCUGGAAAGCAUCUAAAAAAAAUUUGAGCGAAUUCAAAAAGGAUCCGCUGAGGCUAUGAAAAAAGAGUUCAAAAGCUUCCUCACAUCAUUUUAAGAGCUUUCAGAGGAACCUUUCCAGCUACUUCUGAGGGACCUCGGAGAGACUUUUCCGUCUUACUUAAAAAUUUUUUUCAACAUUGCUUUCAGCAUCAGAGCGGCAAAUACGGUUGAAUCCAUCGCUUAUGCGGUCGUUCACACAAAAUUCAUCGGCGGUAAAAGCUCUGGCAGUGAUGAAUGCGUCUUAUACAAAAUCCUGCAGGUUUUUUCAGCAAUUUUUUUUUAAUUUUCGAUUUUACGUUUGAACGUGGAAAGAAGAUGAGGAAGUUUUAAUUCUUAAUAAAUUAUUUAACAAGGUUCUACGAUCUCUGUUACUCUCGCCCCCUGGGUCCCUUCUUUCGAACGAAGCAGUGUGUGACAUGAUGCAGUCGUGCUUCAGAAUAGUUUUCGAGCAGAAUCUUUCUUUCUUGCUACGAAAGGUAAAGUUAUUUGACACGUGAGCUGAUUUUUUUCCCUUUGCAUUUAGGCCGCCGAAACUACUUUGGCUGACAUGACGCAGUUGAUUUUCACGAGACUACCAACUUUUGUUGAAGACACCCGUCAUCCAUAUAUGCGAAAGCUGGUGCGUUUAUGUUAAUCUUUGAAGAACAAAAAAAAAGAUGUGUAGUCAAUUUCUCUCGACUUGAAAGGGGAGAUCGUCUCUCUUUCUGGCCAGGUUUCUCAACGGAAGUACCUUUAUUAAGCCCGUUUUUUAAGGCUAUUUGAGUCUCAUUUGGGCUAAAACGGGGGAACAACGGAUUUAGGAAAAAACAGGUCCACAGUUGUGUUUAUUUCGAAAAUUUGUGACCCAACUGUGCUAAAGCGGUGCCUCAGCUGAGGUAAUAAUUGUCGAAAAAUUCAACCAGGUGUGUUUGUACGGAUUUAAUACGCGGGCACACGCUGAGACCCCGUGUUAGCACGGCUGGGGCACCCUUAUCAGCAUGAGAGGGGUAUACUGGCUAAUGCGAAGCCGCGGUCAAAUGUCAUCAUGCCAAACAAUGUGGAAAAAAAAAUGAUUUUCCACUGUGAAGUUUCCGCCAAAUACGUUAGAAGAAGUGACUAUUCGAAUAGUUCAUUGAGCUGCGUUUUUAAUUUUUUUUUUUUUGUUUUUUUGUUUUAGUAUAAGUGUUCAGAUUAUCUGCCUGAUCUUUCAAAUAGAGCUCGAUUGAUACAAACGAUUGAAAUUUCUAGCAUGAGCGGUAACAUAAAGAUAAUCUAGAAGAGUAAGAAAAAGCAAUAAAAAUCAUUCAAUAAUAAACAACGAGGGAAACGCGCGCUAAUGAGAGAUCAAAGGUGGAAUUAGUGAGGCAUUUUAUACAGUACUUUUGGCUGCCUUAUCGCUUAUUAGAGUCAGGAAAGCUUGAUUAUGUUUCGAAAAAAAAUUACUAUAUUGCGCUACGUAAUUGAAAAUCGUAAGAAAAGAGUUGCGAUUAAUAAAAUUGAAAACUAUCUCAGGUCAAGAACAGGAAAUCAGAAGUAAAGCGGAAGCGUCGUGAUAAACGGGGUUCAAGACACCUUGAGGUAUAUUGAAAGAUUUCCGCGUUUCUCACCCGUUUGUUCGUUUUCAGACGGUUUCAACUCCAGAAGAGAUUGAAACCAAGGAAACACUGCCUUUAUUGAACCAAGGCGCUAGUGUCAACGCAGUUCUUAACGAGACCGAAGCCUCCAAUCUCGGUUUGUUUUCGAAAAAAAGAAAUCAAGUUUCAGGUUUUAUUUUUCCCUUUGUUUUAAGGUUAUGAUGUUGUUCUUACUGCCGAUUCUCCAGUUUCCGUCGUGACGCAUCCCGACAGCGCACUGGAAAAGAAGAAGCAGAUCGACUUUGAGCCGGCUGGAGAUGCCGACAGCGAAAGCGAAGAUGCUUCGGUGAGAAUUUAGAACCAACUGUAAUUUUGUAUAUGAGUAAAUAUUAUUUCAAGAAAAUUCAUUUUUGUUGAUUUUAUAGCUGGCAGGAGUUUAUAGCCAAAAAAGUAGAAUCGAGAAAAGGUAGAUGGUUGAUUAUUAAUUUUAGUAGUCUUCAUAAGUUUUUCAAAUCUACUAAUGUGAAGUUCAAAGUCGUUUUAUUAAACAUUCUAAUGUUCUGAUAUUUUCAAAAUCUGACGCUGUUAGGUUAAAAAAAUUUUUUUCUAACAUAUGCUUAUUUCAGAUUCCAGUCACAAUGUCUCGUCGUUCAGGACUUCAAAGGGAAAUUGAGAAUGAUGAAGAUUUUCCGAACGCAGAGUCUUCAGUUUCUCCGAUGCCCUACGGCCUUCCCUGCUGCAGAGAGCUUCUUAGGUGUCGUUCCCAUUCGACAUGAUAAAAUUUUAAUCUGAAUUAUCUCAAAUCAAAUUUUUAUAGUUAGGCUGCUUCUAUCUGUUUGUUAUCAAAAAAAAAAAGCGGAUUUUAUCCUUCCAGAUUCUUGAUCGCCCUGAUCAAUCCAAUGGAUAGGCAAAACACGGAAUCAAUGGUGAUACUGGGGCUGAACCUUCUAAUCGUCGCUCUCGAGGUUAUUUCUGUUUCAAUGGCUCAAAAGAAGAUUUUUAACCAUAUUCCCGGCUGUUCUUUGUCUUGAACGAAUUCAAAAAAAAAAGUUUAAGGCGUCCGCUGAUCAUUUGCCCACAUACUCCGUCCUCCUGCCGUUAAUCAAGGACAAUUUGUGCCGGUCGCUUCUUCAGGUGUUUUUUUUUUAAAAUGUCAUCAUAAAUCCAAUCGAUGCCUUUUUAGCUGCUAGAUACCGAGAAAUUACCGGUUUUGGCGGCCACCAAUCGGUGUUGCUUUUUACUUUUUGAAUCGAUGCGGUCGAGUAUGAAGUUUCAGCUCGAGGCCUACUUCCGCAAAUUGCAGUCUAUUGUGCUUUCUGAUCAGGUUUCGCAUUUUUUGUGAUGAACAUUAUCAGACUCGAUUCUUAACACACUGUUUCAGUAAUUCUCAAAAAUUAGCGGUCAAAAAAAUUUUUAUUAUUUUUUUAUUUUGAUGAAACUUCGCCCAAUGUGAUAACUCAUCAUCAGAAAUGAAGAUGCAACUUUUUGAGCCGUUCUCUCUUACUGUAGCGUGGUUACGGUAGGUGGGGUAUCACCAGUGUAUCUAAGAGUUGAUGAGUGUUUUCUUCGAAAUUUCUACAUGAAAUUUGUAUCAAUUUGUAGCUAAUGGAAGGAAACAUUUUUGAAGAAGUAACUUUUACGGCAAAUGGCAUUUGUGCUCACCAUCAGGGUGACCAAAUAAACCAAAUUCGCAACACAAAAAUUACCGUAUCUUUUCUAAAUUAACACAAGAUGGCAUGUCUUGAAAAAGCUCCUAAAAUUGCAUUACCUAUCGAUUGAUAUAAAACUUGUCCAGAAAAACUCAUAUUUUUUUCUGAAAGACAGUUUACAAAUAUUGCGCAUGCAGAGAAGUAGACGCAACUCUGAUAUCAAAGAAAUGAGUUGGUUUUUGAUAAGUUCUUCUAUACGAAUCAUGCGGUUGAGUGAAAUGAAAGAAGGGAACGUUUUACAGGAGCCUGUGGCCAAUGAACAAAAAGAAAUGGCCUUGGAGUCUUUGGUUCACUUGUGGCGUAUACCGGGUCUCGUCACAGAGCUUUAUCUCAAUUACGACUGCGAUCUCUAUUGCGCGUUGGUUUUGAACCGCUAUUUUCCAGUGUUUAAUCCUUUUUUCUUUGAAUCCAACAAGUUGUUUUUUUCUACACGUGUUCAAAAAAUCUGUUUCAGGAAUAUUUUCGAAGAUUUGACCAAGUUGUUAGUGGAAAACGCUUUCCCAUCGUUGGGUGGCUACACUGCGUCUCUGCUCUCGUUGGAUGCGCUGUUGGUCGUCAUUGAGAAUAUCGACCAGAACUGUGCUUUCCGUCAGAUCGGAACUCCAAAGAAUGCCGAUGCCGUCAUUGACACAGAGUAUGGUCUCCAAUUUGUAUAAUUUAUCUUCUCGGCUGCAUUCUUUGCAGCUGAUGUGCAAAUAAUGCGAUGCUUUUGAAGUUCUUUCCGCGCCAGCUCCAAAAAUUCGCAUUUUGCGCAUGUUUUGGGACAAUUUUUUAUUCACAACAAAUAAUUUUCAAAGAAGGUCAUUUGGAAUUUUAGCAAUUUAUAUUAGGUAUAGGUCAUACAUUUGGGACUGGCACCAAACGCAUUGCAACCGUUUCGCACAUUGACUACAAAAGCUUGAGAAUUGAAGCAUUAUUCGUUUAAGAUUGAAUUUUCGGAACCUUUUUUUCUUUUGAUUGAGAUCACUAAAAAAAAUGUUUUUCACGAUUUUCGGAAAUUUCGCAAAAUUUUCUUGGCCUUGUAGGAGCAGGAAGUUGGAACUUCCAGUGUUGAGCGGUUACGACCUUGGACGACGAAUAGUGUCAGGUGCGAUAGAGACAGUGGUUGCGGAAACGGACGAAAAGCCAAGUCCUCUUCAACUGCGUUCGAAUCGUCAUUUGCCUAGCGCCAACUUGCCCUCACUUAGCGAGGUCAUCAAUCAGAAGAAACGCAAACGAAUGAUUGCUGAUGGAACGGAGUUGUUCAACCAAAACCCCAAAGAAGGUACGAAUCCGGGAAAAUGGACGGUUUCUGAAAUGUUCGACGAACAUAGGUAUCGCAUUCAUGCGGGAGAAAGGUUUACUCGGAACGGACGCUCUCUCAGUGGUUCAGUGGCUGCGCACCAAUCCUCAUCUGGACAAAAACCGCAUUGCCGACUUCAUCUGCAGUAGAAAAAACGCCGAGGUUCGAUAUAUGUGUGGUGUUCGAGGUUUUGAAGUAGUUAGUUUAGGUACUAGAAGCCUUCGUCAAAUCUUUCCCGUUCGCCAAUACGAGACUUGAUGUCGCUCUGCGAAUGUUCCUCGAAACGUUCCGUUUACCUGGCGAGGCGGCUGAAAUCAGCAUGGUGAUGCAGCAUUUCUCUGGUAUUUUUCCGACAGUAAUGCCUCUUAUCCUGGUUUCUUGUCUAGAUGAAUGGUACCGGGCUAACAACGAACCUUUCAAUCAUGUGGACGCCGCUUUCACAUUGUCGUACGCGGUCAUUAUGCUAAAUAUGGAUCAGCAUAACCCGCAGGUUUAGUAGUUUAGAGCAACAGUUCCUGCGUAAAAAACUCCAGGAGAGAAUUGAACAGUUUCCGAAAAUCUUUUGUUGAAUGAGGCAACAAAAAAUAAAAACACUUCGGGAAUGCUUCAUGAACCAAAAGCGGAGUUUUUCGAUGUUCUUUGUGUGUUUAAUCAUGAAUAAACUACCUACUUUAUAUAGGAAGAUUUAAAACGAUGAUUUUAUCGAGAAAAAUAGUCGGAAAAAAUUUCGUCGGAAAGGUGGCCGUCGGAAAGCUCCACAGCGAUAUGAAAAAAAUCGGAAAAAGUCGCCGUUUGAAUUUUUUUGCUGGUGUUUUUUUUUAUACCACCCAAUUUCACUAAAUUUUCUUAAUUUUUUUGAUUAUUCAACGAAUAUUUAAACAUUUAUUAAGUCUUCGGAAGAGAUUUUCUGCUGAAUCAUUCCAAAAACCCACAAAAAAAUCAAGGGAAUCUGAAUUCAGGGCUUUUUUUAAUUUUGAAUAAUAGUUUUUAAAAGUGAAGCAAGAAAUGGUAAAAUGAACUUGAAACUCCAUUGAUUGAUAAAAAUGUGUUCAAUAAAUUGCUUCGUAAUCUGAAUCGGGCAAAAAAUAAGUUUUUUCAAUUGUUUCUCGGUUGGUUUUGUUGAUUUUAGGUUUCCGGCUGUUAUUUACUGAGAAAAUGUUAUCGAACUGCUUUUUGUGUGAUAACCAACUGAACAUGUUGGACACAGCUGUAUAAAAUUUGUUAAAAAUGAGAUAAUUUAACGAAUAGCUUGUUUCAGCUAUAACACAACGUAUCGUUGAAAAUUUUUUCAUAGUAUAACUAUAGGUGAAACGAAACCAACCUCCCAUGACAGUCGACUGUUUCAAACGGAAUCUCUCUGGUACCAAUGGCGGCCAAGAUUUUGAGCCGGAAAUGCUUAUCUCCAUGUACAACGCCAUCAAGUUAGUUUCACAGAAAUGUUUUUUGUUGGAUGGAAUAGACUUCAACAAAAUAUAGUCUUUUUCCCUGUCAAUUGAUUUUUUUUUCUUAUUCUCACCAUUAUUUUCGUAUGCAGAAGCGACGAGAUCGUCAUGCCUGCUGAGCAAGUCGGGAUAAUCAAGGAGAACUACAUGUGGAAGGUGAUUUUCUGCGUUUAA